GCAGUACUAUUGCCUUAUCUGAUACUGUAAGAACGCACAACGCUUCUCAGUCAUGAAAAUCUCGCAUCUGCGUAUCAGGGUGGUCUAUUGAAUAUAACACUGAAUAGGAAUAUCAUAUAAUACCGAUAGAGGUACAUUGGAAUUAAUAUGGAGAUCCGAGAUGCCACGCUCCUCGUCAUCUGCUGGUACUCUUUAGUCGUAUCCCUCUGCAUGCUCUACGUCCUCCACACCCACUCUGACGUCAUCAUCGGCAACAGGAUCUCGAACCAUGUGGCCAAGGCACGCUCCGACAACUCCUCCCCACAGGACCACUCGGGCUGGAUCCGGGCAGCCUCCAAUACGAAGACGACGACGACGACGGCAGGACCGGAAGUCGUUAUCGUCACCACGGCGAACGGGACAGAGAAGCCGUCCGGACAUCCUGGUUAUACCCUCUUGGAUAAAGACACGCCUCUUGAUCUCCGCUGCGACCGGUGUUCGCUCGUAUCAAGCUCGGGUCAACUUCUCAAUAGCGGGGCCGGAGCAGACAUUGACAACGCCGAUUGCGUCCUUCGAAUGAACAGCGCCACGGUCAGAGGGUACGAGGAGGACGUCGGCAUCCGAACCGACGUCCGUGUCAUAGGUCACGUAAAUCUAGCUCGGGGGCUGGUGACAAGCCAAGAUCUGAUCGACGAGAUCCUCGGAGACCCCGCAACCAGGACCGGCAUCGUCGUCGUACCCUGGCUCUACCAAGAGAAGAUCGACAAGGCCAACAAUACGGUCUAUCAGGCCGCUAGGAACAUGACAGCAAUGUACCCAAACGUCAAAUUCUAUUUCCUCACACCAGAGAAGAUAAAUAAAACCGAGGAUAGGUUUCAGAUCGAGACAGGUGUCAGCUUAACUGACGCUAAGACGUGGUUAAGUACUGGUUUCGUGGCUAUGCUCUUCGCGCUAGAUGUCUGCAAUAGAAUAGAUGUCUACGGCCUAUCGAAUGUCGAUUAUUGCAAGAGACAUCCGAAUUCUACAUCCCCGUAUCACUACUAUGAGCCGGAUAUCCGGAAAGAAUGUGAAUACUACAAAUGGAGCGAGACGCAGAUGACGAAAGGGCAUAAAUUCAUGACGGAAAAGGCGGUCUUUGCGCGUUGGUCGCUCGGCUACAACAUUCACUUUCACUACCCUUCCUGGCGAGCAACCAUCCGAAACGUCACGGCUGAACUGGACACGCCGUUUCUUCAACUCUACAAGGAGGCUCUCAAGAACGGCACGCUGGAACAGAUACGAAAAGCAGCGCCGCACGUACGAGUUAUACGCCGCGUCAAAGUCAUACGGCGACGCGUACGGAAACCGCGUCCGAAAGUCGUACCGGCGGUGGAUGAGCAAAAGAAGUUACUGGACGCGGAUGGCGUCCUCAAACAACAAAAUGUCGACGACGUCAUGAAUAAAACUAAAGAUGUCGUUCAUGAACAUAUUCCAGAUUCAAAAGUUUCUGAUUUGAAUAUUAAAAAUAUGAAAUUAGCCGAAGGAGAUGAACUGAACAAAGAAGAAUUAUCUGCUGUUAAAAAUCCUGGAAUUCAUCCGUUGUUACAAAGAGACAAUCGUUUUCUAGCUGCGAGGGGAGGACUAAGCGGAAAUCAUAAAAAGCCUCAUUAGUCAUGUUAGUGCUGAAAGAUAUAAUAUUUUACAAUAUGUGGAUGUGCUUAUCUGGUAUGUGCUGUUUAAAAGACGUUCUAUUUAAUGCUUGAAAUGCUAAGAGGACCUCUUACUAUGUUGCCUUAUUGUUUUAUGGAGACACUAUUGUCAUCUCCGUCUCCUAUUAUUUAUUUAUUUCUUCUGCCAAAGUUUGGAAUUUCAGGACUACAAUUUGAAUAGGCCUAUUCUAAUGUUGAGUGAUAUAAUCGCCACUCACAUGUUUCUGUUUGUGAUGAAGGGGAAGGGGGAGGGGAGUGGGUAUUUAAAGAACAACUCCAACCCAACAAAGAGUUGUUUUUAAUAAAAAGAGACAAAUCUAACAAGCAUAACAAUGGAAUUUAAUCAAAAUCGGAUGUAACAUAAGGAAGUUAUGUUUUAAUUUCGUUUAAUUCAACAAACCAGUUAUAUGCACAUCCUGGUUUGUAUGCAAAUUAUCAGGGGUCUGAUACGUCAUCGACUCACUAUUUCUUUUGUAGUUUAUAACAUGAAUUAUUGAAUAUUCUAAUUUUCCCCUCAUUGUCAUGCGAAAGAAAGGUUUAUUCCUCUCUGAACGUGUGGAAUUACCAUUGUUUGAACAUUAAUGGUUAAAGUCAAGUUGGUCCCUAUUGUCAAAUUUGUAAAAAUUAAAAAGUUGUGUAAUUCAAACAUUAAAAAAAUACGAAAGAAAUACUAAGUGAGGGACAUCAUCGACUUUCUCAUUUGCAGGUCACUGACCUGUUCAUAUAACUAUUUUGUGAAAAAUAAGUGAAACUUUAAAAUGUCAUAAGAUUGCUUGCUGAGCCGCUGCGUGAAUUAAAAAACGGUGCUGACUAUUUAUGUUUGCUCAGUAGGUGUCACGUAUUGAAUAUAUGAUUUUCUAAAUAUAAUUAUGAUGCCUUAUCUGAAUCUGUAUGAUCAUUUUGAUGAAUUUACUAUGAAUUAAUUAAUAUUCUGAAAUGGCUUGAUCGAUUAUUGUUUUUGACGUAUUGAUCUAAAAUGUGCAUUAUUACAUUAAUUUCGUUGAUUUUUACUUUAAAUAUUUUUUUCUUGAUCCUUGUAACCUAUAUUUAAUAUGAAUACAUUCGUCUUGUUUGCCAUGUAUUCCAACGCGACCCUAUACCAACGAGUCGAUUUAAAUGAAAAGAUAAAAAAUGAACAAGCAUAACAUAGUAGACCCAAUGUCAUGAUAAUCAGUGUAUAAAGAAAAAGGAGGGUCACGGCCAUCAUGGCCAUUCCGAGCAUUCUCUGUGUGUCAAACAACGCAAAAGCUUUGUUUGACCAUGGUCGUAAGCAGGGGGGGGGGGCAGGGGUGGUUACUCCCAGAAAUUUCGAAAAAUUACAUAUUUCAACUUAAAAAACGUUGAAAAAAAAAAUCAAGCGUGCACAAUGUCCUUUAAUUUCACUUUAGAAAAAAAAAAAGCUUUAGAAAAACGCAAAUUUAAGGGAGAAACUUGAAAGCUCGGUCGUUUUUCUCCCUCGCUGUCAAGUUUCUUCAUUUGUUUAUGCCCCCCCCCCGGAAAACAAACCUGCGUAUGGUCAUAAUUAUCUUUGAUGGCACUUAAAUUCUUGUGUAUUAUUUUUGAAAUGAUUAUGGUUAGAAUUAGGUUGAAAUAUAAAAGUGUUUGAAGUAUGAUUUGUGAAAACGAUACAACAUAUUUCAUCAUUUUCUUUUCCCCCUUUUUUUUCACUCUUUCUCUUUUUUCUAUUGGUCGUGAAAACUUUUUGAGGGGUCCAUAGCCACCAAGCCCGCCCCCCCCCCCUUGAAGUAUUCAUAGUGCUCCUCUAAAAACAGUUUUUCAUUUGUGCUUUUGCUAUUAAAUAUCAUUAUUUUAUCAAAACUUUGUUAGUUAUAUUUCAUUCAUGCAUUUUAGGUAUUAAAACUUUCAAUUUAUUUGUAUUAAUUCCUCUCGGACACAACUCUUUAUGCAAGUUGUGUGAAAUGUUUAGGAUAUAUUUUUGCAGAAAAGUGUUGUAUAAAAACAAAUUCCAGAUGACAGUAUAAAACUACUGUUAAUUCAAUGAUUGUAUUCUGCGGAUGAUCUGUCACAAUCAAGAAAAGUGUAAAUCUCUAGGAGUCAACAUGUGGAAUAAGUAAAAAAAAAGUAAUAUCAGUGCUAAGCCUAAUAGUAGAGCAAGCAAAUUGUUUAUUUACCAUAUACUAUAUUUCUCGUUUGGCAGGUCCAAAAUGUUUUUUUUUUCUUAGACAGUCAGACGUCUGUUUAUGAUGAUCAGUUUGCUUUGUUUCACUUAUCCAAAGUUACGCAAUAGAAUUUUUACGUAAAUGAUAUUAUUGCAGUACUGAAUAAGUCAUAUCAUUAAAGUCGAGAUGCAUUGGAGAAGACGUCGUAUAGUUUGCAAUUAAGACAUUACUUUUUGUUGGCUAUUAUUUUCCUGCUAUAGUUUAUGCAUAUUUAUCUAUGUAAGUGCACGCUAUUUCGAGUUCAAUGGUUAAGUGCUUAUGGGGAUGAGGGAUGGGGUACUAACCCGUAUUACUCGCUGCUACAUCAUUACAUUGUUAAUCCACUCUUCCCCUCGAAAAUCCAUAAUGAUCAUAAAAUCAUGAUAAUUAAUUAUAGCUGAAUUGUCGGUCUCUCAUAGGUCCAUAUAUGCUUUAAUUGGUUACUGGAUAAUUUUUUUUCUUUAAUUUUCAUUGUUGUAUCUGACGCUUUAUAGAGCUUUUUCAAGAAAAGAUUGUCUUCAAAAUGGUUACAUGAUUUGUACAAGUUAUACUCUCCUGUCUCAACCACAUGGGUAUUAUGCCUGACCCACCCCACCAAGAUAAGAUGACUGUCUCAAACGCGUAACAAUUUUCUUCCAGAACUUAGUGCGCGUCAGUUUCCACUGAUGCAUGGUCUCAUAUAUUUUCCCAUUGAUUUACAUCAAUGGUGCUUUUUUUGUUCCCUUCGAUAUUUGUAUGACAUGGAUGAGGUCAUCGAAUACAUACCAUUUCCUGCCAAUUGUUAACAAAAUUCAUCUAAUAAAUAAAUUUUGUCAAGCAAACGUAUGAUUUUCAACCUACGCAUGCAGUUGAAGGUUAUUUUAAGAUUAUCCUAACUUCGCUGUAAUAUUGUUUCACCAACGGAAUAAUAAAAGAAAAAUUGUUUUUAAAAUAAA